CAAAACGAGUGGGUCUCUACUGCUUUUAGCUAUCGGAUUUCGUUUUGGUAAUGUCAAUGGUACGACUUAAAUCCUCGCUGCCGCUAGGCAGAUUGAUGAUAAUAAUUUUUCUCUUCCCCUGGGAUGCUGGUCGUUUGUGUCGGGCAAUCGAAGUGCCAACGAACUGCGUUCAGCACACGGACGUUACUGGGACAUUCGAUCAGUACUACGAGUUGGAUAAGAUCGGAAAUCGACGAACGGAAGCGGUUCCGGUGGAUUUCGAUAUGUACAUCGAGAUAAAUAACUACCAGGAGGAAAUUGCCAUGCUACUGUCCAGUCAGGAUCGGUCCAAUGAAUAUCCAGACUUUGCGCGUACCUACGAAAUUCGGGUUGGCAACGUGUACACGGUAAUCUACCGGGAAACGUUGAAAAUGCAAGCUUAUCACACAUCUAAGACGGGCCGCGCCCCGAACGGUCCAAAGGUAGCCGAGAACCAGUGUGGUUGUGGUGAAUCUCCACCGGAUUGCGUGGAACCCAAGCUGUUUCCGGCGAAUAAAUUUAAGAUUCACUUCCAAGUGCUGCAGGAAGGCAACAUCACCAUCACGAUCGAUGACAACUUUCGGAAACCCUUGCUAAACGUGUUCGAUGAGCACGGAGCGUUGGAUGUGCGGUACAUCAGCUUCGCGUCACGGUACAAUGCGCACCCGAUAACGUUUCACUUUGGCUGCAUUCGGGAGGAGCCCAGCACGCAGGGUCCGGUGGCGGAAGCCCUAAUGGGCUGCCCAGUGUGUCCGAAACAGAAAUGUGAGGUGGUUGUGAAGGCGUGCACCGACAAUAGCAAGGAUGCUUCUGCGGCGGAUCCGGACAAAGAAAAGUACUAUUUCUACUUUAACAUGUACCUUAGUAAGAAUAAAGCAAAAGGCAUGACACCGGAGAGCAACGUAUUGGGCCAGAUUCUGAACUGACACUGGCGAUGUUUUGAUUCAUUUUUGUAUCAUUAUAACCUAUUUUAUUUCUCUUGUUUUUUACAGCCCUUAAGACAUACAAUAUAUUGAUUAUGUAAAUAUUAGUGCAAUAAAUGAGGC